AUGGCUGUCAGCCAACGAUACUCAGAUCUGCUGUUCGCCACAACCAUCCUCUCACUUCUUCUGCAACAAAUCCAUGCAGACACCCUCGGACGAACCUUUGAACUGGAUCUCGAGCUCCCAGAAUGUGUGUCCAACUGCGUUGAAGGUUCAGGAUGCGGCGCCAUCGAUAUCGAAUGCAUGUGCACGGCAUCAAACGGGAGCUUCCUGCCCGAUGUCGUUGUCUGCAUGUACAAGGACUGCUCCCGGGCUAUCUCGGUGGACACCCUACUUGACCCUCUCGAGAUGAGCUGCAAGAUCCUGGGAUCGCCAAUACCCCAGAGCGCCAUCCAAAGCGCGGAAGCCGCGGAGAGCAGUAUUGAUGGCUCCACCCCAACUACGACUCACACCCAUACCAAGACUACUGUCACCGAGACCGCCACCCCUGAGACAACUUCCACUUCGAGAUAUUCCACUACAGCCGAUAGGCCGUCACAUUCGAAAGGGAGCAGCACUCUGGCAACUUCCACGCAGACAGAACUCACCGUGACGGAGACAAGUCGGGCAACUGAGACCACCACUUCCUUUGAGAAUACUGGUAAAGCCGGGAUCUCCAACACAGCAGAAGUCCAGCCUUCGUCAACGGGAGAGAUUACUCUCUCCUCGAAUACUGACCCUACAUCCGACAAGGCCACGGGCACCAACUCAGGCGGGCCGACGGAGCAAACCGACUCGUCCCCUUUUGCCAGUCCGGCCGGAGGCAUGGGACGGAGAGAGGAAGCCUCAUGGCUGGGCGCGGUCGUGGGCUUGCUUGCUAUGGGACUUCUGGGAUGGUGA